CAGAGGGAGGAUGGUGUUUUCUCUCACAAAUGCUUCAGUUUUGUUUAAACCAAUAGGUUUAAUCCGAUUAACUCAUCCCUCACACCGGAUUCAAAGGUUCGGACCAAGCAUCAGCUCCAAGUUUCCUCGGGAUUUGAGUCUCAAAUGGAGAGUUAGCUAUAAGCAUGUGGGUGGCUAUCGAGCUGUAUCCGCGCAUCAAAGUCGGAGCUUCCAUGAAGAAGAGCCUCCCUUAUGGUUGAGCCUUAUUAGGGACAUUGUCUGGAGCACGAGAGACCUCUUCUCCUUUAUGGCUGAGCAGCCUAGCCAGCUGAAAUUCAUAGAGUGGCCAAGCUUUACAACCACGCUCAAGACUGCCACACUGAGUCUCUUUCUUGUAGCUGUCUUCAUUGUUGCCCUAUCUUCCGUUGACUCUUCUCUUUGUUACGUAUUGGCUCUCAUCUUGAGGAAAGCUCCCUGAGAGAGUGAGAGGCUUUUUUGUUUUCAUCUGUAGACUGCAAAAGGAGGUUAAUUUGUUGUUUGAAUGUAGAAAGAUGAAUCAAAGCCUCUUUCUUUGUAACGAGUAUUAGAUUUCUACUUAGCAAAUUUUUUUAAAAAAGUCAUUAUGUUUAGUGAAACCAAACUACUGAAUGUUGU